AUGAAGUUCAACACUUGUGUUCUACCGGAACAGCAGUUCAUCUAUCAACAACAUCAAGUUCCCAGCUCAUCAUCUACUUCCAGCUAUAGCUCCCACAAUGGUCAACAAGCCGCUGCAUUGCGUUUGUCCCAUAGGGAGGGCACGUCAUCGCAACCCAAUAUGAGUGCGCUCGCAGAGGCUGCUCCAAAAGCGCAGGCGUUAGGAGCUUCUAAUUCGGAAGCAAUACCCCCUUCGCAUUCGACUGCUAAUUUCCAAACUGGUGGUUAUGAUGACCAUGAGUCCCCAGACGGGGAUCGCUCACCUCCUCCUGUCCAGCAAGAUAGAGAGCCACAGGAUCGGUAUGUAGGGCAACGGCAGCAACCUCGGCGUCAGCUGAGUGGUCAGGACGAUUACGGAUACCAUAAGAAUCGCCGAGACAACUAUGAUCCACGGCGUUUCAACCGAAAUCGUGACGACUGGCAAAGAAAUCGACCUUAUCAGCCACGCGACGGUUUCCGUGACAAGGCAGAACGAGCGCAGAAUUUCCGCGACCGUGAACGAGAACGUAACGGACGCGACGACGCGGGACCAGGUCCAUCUUCCCAACAACAACAACAGCUACCGCGCCAACGGAUUCAAGGAUAUAACAACCGCGAUUACCGCCAAAAUGAUCGUGAAUGGAGUCGAGGUGAGCAGAUAGCUGAGUUGGAUCAGUUGACUUGGCAACAGCGAGAAAUGGAACGCAACGAUAACUACCGUGACAGACAAGGUUGUUUUCUUUCUUCCUGUUUCUUCCUUCUUUUCUGUUAG